CAGACCCCUGGGGAGAGGGAGCCCCUCCAGACCCCCGCGUAGCCAACUCGAUCCUAGCACAGCAGGCUUCCUUGACAGACAAAACUGUGAGAUUACGUCUCCCUUUCCCAGUUGACUCGAUUCUCUUAUAUUGCUUCGCGUCGCAGCUCAGUUUCAACUGCAGCGAGACAUCCAGCUUUUUUAAAGCUGCCUCAAGGGCUGAUAUUUUCUAGCAUUGUCAGAAUCCCCGCGCAACAGCUCUCCGAAAUCGCGCCGUCAUGAACGUUCUCAAGCUCCAGAGGAAGUUUCCUCAAUUCCAGCAGAAUGACAUCUUCUCCCUCGCCGACGCCUUUCGCAAGCUCGAUGUCGACGACAAAGGAUACAUUGACGAGGCCACUGCCAUCAAGGCCACGCAAGCAAGCGAGCGCAAGCCUUACGAUGUGGUUCGCCAGGCGCUGAAGGAGGUUGAGCUCGACUCCUCCCGGCGAGUAGAACUAGAAGAUUACAUCGGGCUCAUUGCUAAGCUUCGCGAGUCUUCCGCGGGCCCCCAGGGGGGCUCCGCUGCCGCUGUUUCGUCACCAGCCGCCGUCAUCUCGCAGCGGAGCGGCGGAGGACACGCUUCCAAAGGCAGCAUCGGCGGCGGCGGCAGCGGCAAGAUCUUUGUGCAAGGUUCGAACGCGAACAUUACCCACACCAUCAAUGAGGAUGAGCGCACCGAGUUCACCCGCCACAUCAACGCUGUCCUCGCCGGCGACCCCGAUAUUGGUCACCGGUUGCCGUUCCCCACCGAUACUUUCGAGAUGUUCGACGAAUGCAAGGACGGCCUGGUGUUGGCCAAGCUUAUCAACGACAGCGUUCCCGACACGAUUGACGAGCGUGUGCUGAAUGUGCCCGGGAAGAAGAGCAAGACGCUCAAUGCUUUCCAGAUGACGGAAAACAACAACAUCGUCAUCGAGUCAGCGAAGGGUAUUGGCUGUUCGGUGGUGAACAUUGGCAGUGGUGAUAUUAUCGAAGUCCGGGAACACCUCAUUCUUGGCCUGAUCUGGCAAAUCAUCCGCCGUGGUCUCCUAGGCAAGAUCGAUAUCAAGCUACACCCCGAGCUGUACAGGCUGCUGGAGGAGGACGAAACUCUGGAGCAGUUCCUGCGCCUGCCGCCAGAGCAGAUCCUCCUGCGGUGGUUCAACUACCACCUCAAGGCUGCCAAUUGGCCGAAGAGAGUGCAGAACUUCUCAAACGACGUCAAGGAUGGCGAGAACUACACCGUCCUCUUGGCACAAAUCGGCCACGAGUACGGGUGCACCCGUGCCCCUCUGCAGACUCGCGACCUGCUCCAGCGGGCGGAAGAGGUGCUCCAAAAUGCCGACAGGCUAGGAUGCCGAAAGUUCUUGACCCCCUCGUCUCUUGUUGCGGGUAACCCCAAGCUCAACCUUGCUUUCGUCGCCAACCUCUUCAAUACUCAUCCUGCACUCGAACCCAUCACCGAGGAAGACAAGAUCGAGGUGGAGGACUUCGACGCAGAAGGCGAGCGCGAGGCCCGUGUGUUCACUCUCUGGCUCAACAGCUUGGAUGUGCAGCCAGCGGUCCAGUCCUUCUUCGACGACCUCUGCGACGGUACCAUCCUGAUGCAGGCCUACGACAAGGUUAUCAAGGGCUCGGUCAACUGGCGAUGCGUCAACAAGCGGCCGGCGAACGGCGGCGAGAUGUCGCGGUUCAAGAUGGUCGAAAAUACCAACUACGCCAUCGAGCUCGGCAAGCAGAACGGAUUCUCGCUCGUGGGCAUCCAGGGCGCCGACAUCACGGACGGGCAGCGCAAGCUGACGCUUGGCCUCGUCUGGCAGCUGAUGCGCAAGGACAUCACGCUGACGCUCCAGGGCCUGGCACAGCGCCUCGGCAAGCGGGAGAUCACCGAUGCCGAGAUGGUCAGGUGGGCCAACGACAUGAGCCGCCGGGGCGGUCGCAACUCGAGCAUCCGCUCGUUCAAGGACCCGGUCAUCGGCACCGGCGUCUUCCUGUUGGAUGUGCUGAACGGCAUGAAGAGCAGCUAUGUCGACUACGACCUGGUGACGGAGGGCCGCACCGACGAAGAGGCCUACCUGAAUGCCAAGCUUAGCAUUAGCAUUGCGAGAAAGAUGGGAGCCACCAUUUGGCUCGUGCCCGAGGAUAUCUGCCAAGUCCGCGCCCGGCUGGUGACGACGUUUAUUGGAUCGUUGAUGGCGACAUACGAGAAGAUGCAGUAAGCGGUGUAAGAACGGUUGGUGAAAUUGGCGGCAUGGUUGGUUCCAGGGAAAAGUUGACGGGGCAGGGGGGAGGUUCUGUUUCGCGCAACCCGACGGUGUGUUCAAGGAUGCUGGUUUUCUUCACGCGGUCAGGUAGCUGAGACGCUAGCGUCCCAAUUCAGUUUUACAUCCUUUUAUAUCCAGCCUCCAAUCGCUAGAUGAUUAUGAGGCCGAACGCGCCUUUCAUCAAGUGGUCUGUCUCACUUGGGUGGCGACCUCACCGUAUCUCUUUCCACUCGGCUCUCACACUGCCUAAAACACUCACUUCUAAUGCGACGGUUAAGGCAAC